AUGUUGUUUUCAAAACUUUCUUUCGCGUUUUUCACUAUCUCAACGGUUGUUGCCGGUCCACUAGUUAAAUGCCCAUUUCCAAAAGAUAAGAAAUUAGUUGCUGUUGCAGAGGAUUGUGAGAACGAGGGUUGGGCAAUGAGCCCCGAUGAACCAUGCAUUCCAGGUAAGUAUUGUCCAUAUGCGUGCCCACCAGGUCAAGUGAUGAAUCAAUGGGAUCCAUCCGCUAAAACUUACUCAUAUCCAAGCUCGAUGAAUGGUGGUCUAAAGUGCAAUGCCGACGGUUCUUUAACAAACCCCAUGGGUAAUAAGCCAUUGUGCGUUAAUGGUGCAGGUACGGUUUCAGUUGUUAACAAGGCUGGUAAAAAUGUUGCAUUCUGUCAAACUGUUUUACCUGGAAACGAAGCAAUGUUGAUUCCCACUAACGUUGCCAAGGAUAAAGAAACAAAAUUGGCAGUGCCGGGUUGUGAGUACUAUGCUGGAAGCGCUGCACACUAUUACGUUAACCCACCAGGUGUUUCAACCGAAGAAGGUUGUGUGUGGGGUACUGCUGAUAAGGAGAUUGGUAACUGGUCUCCAUACGUGGCCGGAAUGAAUAUGGAUAAGCAGGGAAACACAUAUGUCACCAUUGGUGUUAACCCAAAGCACAUUGACGACCAUGAUGGCAAAACACCAAAUUUUGGUCUUAGGAUAGUAUGUGACAAUCCACACGAUUGCGUUGGCUUGGAAUGUGAAAUCAAUCCAAAGAACGGAUACAACACUGCAACUGGUCCAACAAGUGGCAACUCCUUGAAUGCUGAUUUCUGUAUUGUCACUGCGAGACAUCAUGCAAAAGCCAAGAUCGAAGUUUUUGAGGUGUAG